AUGAAUGAAGAACACACAGAUAUAACAAAUGGAUGUAAUAAAGUUAGAUCUCGUACUCAGAAUGAAGCUGCCUUAUUGGCUCUUAUGGAGAAGACAGGCUAUAAUAUGGUUCAAGAAAAUGGACAACGAAAAUUUGGUGGACCUCCACCAGGUUGGGAAGGUCCGCCACCACCCCGAGGCUGUGAAGUUUUUGUGGGAAAAAUUCCUCGUGACAUAUAUGAGGAUGAAUUAGUUCCUAUUUUUGAAAGAGCGGGGAAGAUUUAUGAAUUUAGAUUGAUGAUGGAAUUUAGUGGUGAGAAUCGUGGAUAUGCUUUUGUAAUGUAUACAACAAAAGAAGAAGCUCAGUUUGCCAUUAAGACCCUUAAUAAUUAUGAGAUUCGUCCUGGAAAAUUUAUUGGUGUUUGUAUAAGUUUGGAUAACUGCAGACUAUUCAUUGGAGCCAUUCCAAAGGAAAAGAAGAAGGAAGAAAUCUUGGAUGAAAUGAAAAAAGUCACUGAAGGUGUUGUAGAUGUUCUUGUUUAUCCAAGUGCAACGGACAAGACAAAAAAUCGUGGGUUUGCCUUUGUAGAAUAUGAAUCCCACAGAGCUGCAGCUAUGGCAAGGAGAAAAUUAAUUCCUGGAACUUUCCAGUUAUGGGGACACACUAUUCAAGUAGAUUGGGCAGACCCAGAAAAAGAGGUAGAUGAAGAAACAAUGCAGAGAGUAAAAGUACUUUAUGUUAGAAACUUGAUGAUGUCAACCACAGAAGAAACAAUUAAGGCAGAGUUUAAUAAAUUUAAACCUGGAGCUAUUGAACGGGUAAAGAAACUUCGAGAUUACGCGUUUGUUCAUUUCUUCAAUCGAGAUGAUGCAGUUGCUUCUAUGUCAGUUAUGAAUGGAAAAUGUAUUGAUGGUGCUAGCAUUGAGGUAACACUAGCCAAGCCAGUGAACAAAGAAAGCACUUGGAGACAACAUCUUAAUGGCCAAAUUAGCCCCAGUUCUGAAAAUCUUUUAGUCUUUACAAACAAAGAAGAUGGUCAUCAGAAAUCACUAACAAAACCAGCAAAUCUUCCAAUACGCCUUAAUGGGCAGAAUAGUCCAAGUCCUCCUGAAAUUGAAAGAUGUACUUACCCAUUUUUUCCAGGAACAAAACUUACUCCAAUUAGCAUGUACUCUUUAAAAUCUAGUCAUUUUAGUUCUGCUGUGAUGCAGUUAGAUUAUUAUUGCAACAAAAAUAACUGGGCACCUCCAGAGUAUUAUUUGUAUUCGACUACAAGUCAAGAUGGAAAAAUUUUGCUGGUAUAUAAAAUUGUUAUUCCGGCGGUUGCAAAUGGAUCCCAGAGUUAUUUUAUGUCAGACAAACUCUGCACAACAGUAGAAGAUGCAAAAGAGCUUGCAGCACAUUUUGCACUUAUGCACUUGGAAUACAAUUUUUGUCGAAAUCCAGUAAAUAACAUUUCUCCUGUUAGUGCUACGCUUUCUUCCGGAACAACUAGUGUAUUACCAUAUACAUCAAGACCAUAUUCUUAUCCAAGCUAUCCCUUAUCAUCAUCAAUUCCGCUUGCUAAUAGCAACCAUGUUGGACAGCGUUUGUACAUCUCCAGUCAGGCCUCAUUCUUUUGA